GGCUCUGUGAGCGCGGGCAGCGGCGGGACAGAUGUGAGGCGCUGUCAGACUCGCACGUUCCCCAUCGCAUUACGUGAGCAAACAGCGGCGGAGCAGCCCGCCAGGCGGGCUUGUGUAACUUUGCAAAUGUGCCAGAAAGUUUAAAAUCCCUCCUCCUCCCGCCUCCAGUCCGGACCCCAGAGAAAGCCAGAGGACGAUGAGAGGCGGGUUGUUUGCUGCUGCUAUUCAGAGCCGUGCCCUGUAAACACCCCGCGAGCGGACAAGCUCCCUCCUUUCGGAAGGCCUCUGCCUCCCCGGCCCGCCCGCGGGGACUGAGCCUGGCUGCGGCCAGCGGCGUUUGGCGAGCGUCCUUCGAGCCCGCCCGGGGCUAUUAAAGCGGGGAAGAUGCACGUGGCGCUGCCAGCGGCUUUGCUCGCCCCGCUGCAGGUGUGGGUGUACCUGACCUGCGCCUGGCCCGCCGGCUGCCAGCCGCCGCCGCGCCACAACCCGCCGGCGCCCGCCGCCUGGAGGCAGAGGAUUCAGUGGGAGAACAACGGGCAGGUGUACAGCCUGCUGAGCCUGGCCUCCCAGUACCAGCCGCCCCGGCGCCGGCAGGCAGCGGCCGCGGGCAGCCCCAUCCUGCUGCUCCGAAACAACGCCACGGCCCCGCGCGGGGCUGCUGCUGCUGAAGCCGGCGCUGCCCAGCCGCCGGCCGGGGCCGCCAGCAGGGGCUCGGGGGCUCGCCACUGGUUUCAAGCCGGCUACCAGCCGCCCCCCGGCGGCACCGCAGGGCAGAGGAGCCAGGGAGCCACGAGCGGUUCAGCCCGGAGCGCUCCCCAGGGGGCGUCUCAGCCCAGCGCCCCCCACAGCUCAGGCGUUGGCCCCAGGAGGGGCAACAGCACCAGCCCCGGCAGCCCCCCGCCCCUGAGCAAUCUGAGAGCCGGCCGGGAAGAUGCCAUGGUAGGAGACGAUCCCUACAACCCCUACAAGUACACGGACGACAACCCCUAUUACAACUACUACGACACCUACGAGAGACCCCGCCAGGGCAGCAGGUACAGACCCGGCUAUGGCACCGGCUACUUCCAGUAUGGUCUUCCUGACUUAGUCCCGGAUCCCUAUUACAUCCAGGCAUCCACAUAUGUCCAAAGGGUGUCUAUGUACAGCCUGAGAUGCGCUGCCGAGGAGAACUGUCUGGCAAGUUCAGCUUACAGGGCAGAUGUCAGAGAUUAUGAUACUCGAGUGCUUCUGAGAUUCCCCCAAAGAGUGAAAAAUCAAGGCACAUCAGACUUCUUACCAAGCAGACCCCGAUAUUCAUGGGAGUGGCACAGCUGUCACCAACAUUACCACAGCAUGGACGAAUUCAGCCACUAUGACUUGCUGGAAGCAGGCUCACAUCGGAGAGUUGCUGAAGGGCACAAAGCAAGUUUUUGUCUUGAAGAUACCUCCUGUGAUUAUGGAUACUAUAGACGAUAUGCAUGUACAGCACAUACACAGGGACUAAGCCCUGGCUGUUAUGACACCUACAAUGCUGACAUAGAUUGCCAGUGGAUUGAUAUUACAGAUGUAAAGCCUGGAAACUACAUACUGAAGGUUAGUGUAAAUCCCAGCUAUUUGGUACCAGAGUCUGAUUACUCCAACAAUGUAGUACGCUGCGAUAUCCGCUAUACAGGCCAUCAUGCAUAUGCCUCUGGCUGCACAAUUUCACCGUAA